UGCAAAACUCUCUUUCUCUCUCUACUUUCUCUCUCUAGAAAUAAUUUUCAUUUCAAAGGGAUAGAGCUGUGUUUACUGGGGUAGUGAGGUUGCUAUUGGCAGUUUUGUUGAUGUAAGAAGCUGAAUACUGUUCUCUAUUUCAGAAUGGGUGCUGUUUGUUGUGUUGCAACCAAAGAUAAAACUAUACAAAGCGCAUCACCCAGUGAAAUCUUGCAUCGGAAUAUUCGAUAUUCUCCGACAUGGAACUUCCGGUGGGAUCAUCGAGGGCGUGUAGCUGGUGAAGAUACAACUAUAAAUUGGUUUUCUAAUGGUAUUAGUGGGAAUGAUGGAUUGGAGAAUAGAAAUGAAUCCUCAAAUGUAUCUGAGGAUGGAAGCCCGUUGCAGAAUUAUCAAAGAAAUAGAUGGCAAAAAUCCCCAAUCUCUGAAGGAACUGCUAGAAACAUGUUAAAUUCAUCUUCGGAUCAAACUAUUUCAAGGAAUGUCUCCACACAUGUGAGCUUGGAACAGGUGAAUGAGUUGGCAGAAUCAUCAAUGGCAUUGUGUCCGUAUCCCACAAAACUUCCACAUUCAUUGCCUUCUACUUCUUUUUCAGUAUCUCCUCUGCCAUCCCAAAGUCACCCACUUCCAUCCAGCUCAACACCAUCAAGGUGGCCCUGCCAUUCCACCAGUCAUCAACUAUCACGGCAAGUUUCUGACAGCCGAAUCUUGGGAUUUAAGACACCUAGUAACUUUUAUGUAUCUGAAGAGAGGCCAGUGUUUCCCUCAUGGAGCAAUGAAUCUAGUAUGCACUCCUACGGUGGAUCUUCAGAUAAUUGGUCUAGGCCUGGCUUUUCUGAGCUCACAGGAACUUCCCUCAAAGAAAGAUGGUCAUUUGACAGUGAAUCAUUUGGUUUUAAUUGUGAAAGGCUGGUUAGAUCCAGUAGUCCCUUUUCAAAUUCUCCAGUUGAUUUGCAAACAUGUGGUGUUUGUUCAAAACUUUUAACUGAGAAGUCUUCUUGGGGCUCCCAAAAGAUGGUUGCAAGUAAUGACCUUUCUGUAGUUUCUGUCCUUAUUUGUGGACACGUUUAUCAUGCUGAAUGCUUGGAGAGUUUGACACCUGAAAUCAACAAGUAUGAUCCACCUUGCCCGGUCUGCUAUUUUGGGGAGAAAUAUACUUUUAGGUUGUCUGAAAAAGCUCUAAAGGCUGAAAUGGAUUUGAAGGCUAGAACUAAGAAAUCAAGAAACCGAAUUGUGGACAGUGAUAUUGAAGAUGAUUCUGUUGUGUAUGGACAUGUUAGAGAUAAAGGACGUCAAGGUAAAGGUCCCAGAGUUGAUUCUAGUUCCAGUGGGAGAAACUCUAAUGGGAAACCAUUUUUGCGGAGACACUUCUCAUUUGGCUCAAGGAGUUCCAAAUGCAUGCUAGAUAAUCAGCCAUCCCGGAAGAGGGGCUUCUUUUGGGCAAAAUCUAGCAAGGAAUAAGCUUCGUUGUGGUUGCUGAGAGAUUUCUUUGGGUUUAGGUUUCUUGGUACAGUGCAACAGAAUUGAACUUCCGAGUUCAAAUGUUUGAAAAGUUGAACUUAUGGCAUGCCUGCAGCAGUCUUUUUGGACUUAGUUUUGGUUUGUUUUGCCUUCUUUAAAGCAGGUUCUGUGGUUGAACUUCUCCACAACCUCGGAUAAAAUGACUGAGGAAAGGGCAAGAUGUCAUUCAUCAAGCUUUGAUUUAUGUCUGCAAUACACUAAUACAUGAUUUCUAAAUGUUUAGAAGCUGCAAUUACCCUGUAAAGAAGAAAACUGAAAAGAUACAGAAGAUAAAUAUAGGAAAACAAAGAUAGUGUUUAGAAACCAAGGGUUUUGUUAUUUUGUACAGAUUGAUUAGUAUUAUUGCUUAUGGAUAUAAUUCAUUCAUAUAUCCAAAAAAGAAAGUUCUGUUGUUCCCUGUUCUACUGAUAUGUAAUGCAUACAGUAUACGUGCCAUGAGCCCUUGGGACUUUGGAAUUUCUGGUGUUGGGCAAUGGUCUUAACAGAUUGUUAAUACCAAUUAGUUUGUUUGACAAAUUAAUUGUUUAGUAAUGAUAUUUGAACAUGUCAAUACUCUAAAAUAUUGAUAUGUAUCAUUUUCUGUGUCUUA